AAAAACCAAAACGAAAAAGAAAAAAGGGGAGAAGAAAAAACGCGACUACCAAAAGCGUCCGCACGCGUGCGAAUUCUGUCAGAAGCGGUUCCUACACCUCGAAAUGCUGCAAGUGCACAAGAAAAGUCACGAAGGGGAGAGUGCCACUUUGAAGUGCUAUUACUGUUUAAUCGAUAUAGAGGAUGAGAACGGGCUGAAGGAGCAUGAGGCGACGCAUACGGGGCCUAAACCGUUUCUGUGCACGCUCUGCGGAAAGGGGUAUAAGAGGAGAGAAACCAUGGUAUAUCAUCGCAAAAAUCACAAGAGCGAGAAGAAAUUCAUUUGCGACAUCUGUUCGAAGACUUUCAACGCGCCGUGCAAACUGCAGAGGCACAUCGUCAGCCACCGGGCGGACAAAUUCGUGCUUCGAUACGAGUGCCCUGUGUGUGCGCACAUGUUUAACACUAAAUACCACGUGCAGAUGCAUCUGUCUACGCAUCAGAAAGAGGGGCUGAUUUUAGAAGAGAACCGAAACGAUAUACUUGCAAUGGUGCUACAGAACGCGCGAAAAAUACCCAAACAGGGAGACGCCCCAACGAAUCUAGCAGACCUAAUCCCAGCCGACGAGCGAAGCCGCGUGUGCAACAUAUGCGGGGAAAUGUUCCAACAUUUCUACUACCUAGAGGAACACCUAAAAAGCCACGGCUCAAGAAUAGCCAUCGAGGAUGAGAACAAGCCAGAAGAACGCAAACACAUCUGCCAAGUAUGCAACAAAAGCUUUAAACUACAUUACUAUUUAAAACUACAUAGUUUCACACACACGAAAGAGAAACCCUACAUCUGCCAACAGUGCGGAAAAGGAUUUAUAACCAAAGGGAAACUAAAAAGACAUCUAGAAACGCAUUCAGGCCUUAAAAAAUAUCAAUGUCAUAUUUGUUACAAGUUCUUCACGCGGCCAAGUUAUCUGAGGAUACACGUGCGGACGAUACAUGGGAAUCAGGACUAUAAUUUUAGAGUAGGGGGUUUUAGGGAGGGGAAGGAAUUCGGUAUAGCCGCGCCGCUACUGCCUGUUAUGACGCAGUAUAGUGAAUAGGCCUCUGGGUUACUUUUUAACUAUUUGUUAUUUGAAAUCGCAUGUAUGUAAGGUGUACUCGGGUAAUUCCGAACGUCGAAAACCGUCGGAAAAUUCCGAAAUUAAAUGAUAAUCACCCAUGAUUC